AUGUUUUCAAACCGGCUGCGCAGCAAGAACGGACCACUGCGCGGUGGCGCCUGCCGUUGGGAACAGUGGGAGUGGAUUGAAAAUUUCGCGCAGCCUACUGCAUUGACCCAGUUUUAUGAAAUAUCAUGUUCGCUUUACAACUCAGGUCAACAGGCUGGAACGAAUUCUCCGAAGCGCGGUUAUGCAUCGAACACUGUUACAAAAUAUCUGUUCGAUAACCUUGAUGAUAAUUCAUUUUCUUCUUACAAAGAUGAUUUACCCUUCAACCGAGUGUACAAUUCAAACGAGAAUUCUGCACAUUCUUUAUUGAACCAUUCGCCAUUGUACCGUCCAGGAUAUUUUGGUUCUCAAUCGUUUCUUAGUUCAUGGUUUGCGGAUUUGGAUAAAGAGUCUUCUACGUAUAUUUUCUCUCCUCCUGAAAUGGACAUGUCUAAGUCUUCCAGCAACCUGUCUCUUUUGAACUGUAGUUCUCCAGAGUCGUACAUAGUAAGAGUCGUACUUGACCAUUCGUUGCAACCGGACGGUUAUGAGACUGUUUACAAGUGUGUGAAGCUAGAGAACAGUGAUAAAACAAGAACAUUGGUGCUGAAGGCGAUGUCGAAACAUAAUAUUUCCGGCGAUCCGAAUGAUUACUGUAUUUCGCAGCUUUUGCCUGAUGGAGGUAUUGACGUUACGACGUUCUUGCUGCACUUCUGUAAGGUCGCUAAGGUCUUAUCGAAAGUUUAG